UGUGUUUUAUAUUUCCAGGGUUUGAAGGCUCAGAAUUAAUUCCUACUUGCUGUGAUACUCGAGCAUAAUGAGGGAGUGCAUUUCCAUACAUAUUGGUCAAGCAGGUGUCCAGAUGGGUAACUCUUGCUGGGAGUUGUAUUGCUUGGAGCACGGCUUCCAGCCAGAUGGGACCAUUGUUGGAGAUGGCAGCUUAUUGGCAGACUCCUCUUUUGGCACUUUCUUCAGUGAAACGGGUGCUGGGAAGCACGUUCCUCGUGCAAUGUUCAUUGAUCUGGAGCCGACAGUUGUUGAUGAGAUCCGCAAUGGACACUAUCGACAGCUGUACCACCCUGAGCAGCUCAUCAGUGGCAAGGAGGAUGCCGCCAAUAAUUAUGCUCGUGGUCACUAUACCAUUGGCAAGGAGAUCGUAGACUCUGUGCUCGACCGGAUGCGCAAAAUGGCGGACCAGUGCACCGGUCUGCAAGGGUUCCUGAUCUUCCACAGUUUUGGUGGUGGAACCGGCUCUGGUUUCACUUCUCUGCUGAUGGAGCGACUAUCUGUCGAUUACGGUAAAAAGUCAAAGUUGGAGUUUUCUGUAUAUCCUGCCCCGCAAGUCAGCACGGCUGUGGUUGAGCCCUACAACUCGAUUCUCACGACCCACACCACUCUCGAGCACUCGGACUGUUCCUUCAUGGUGGAUAACGAAGCCAUCUUCGACAUCUGCAAGCGAAACCUCGAUAUCGAGCGCCCCUCAUACACUAACCUGAACCGGCUCAUCGCCCAGAUUGUGUCCUCCAUUACUGCGUCACUGCGCUUUGACGGCGCCCUAAAUGUUGACCUCACGGAGUUCCAGACAAACCUGGUCCCGUACCCUCGCAUUCACUUUCCACUGGUCACCUACGCCCCUAUCAUUUCAGCUGAAAAGGCCUACCAUGAGCAACUCUCCGUACCGGAAAUCACCAAUUCCUGCUUCGAGCCAGCAAACCAGAUGGUGAAGUGUGACCCUCGCCGGGGAAAAUACAUGGCCUGCUGUUUGCUGUACCGUGGUGACGUGGUUCCGAAAGAUGUCAACGCCGCCAUAGCCAACAUCAAGACUCGGCGCUCCAUCCAGUUUGUAGACUGGUGUCCUACUGGGUUUAAGGUGGGAAUCAACUACCAGCCGCCCACCGUUGUGCCAGGAGGGGAUCUGUCCAAAGUGCAGAGAGCCGUGUGCAUGCUAAGCAACACCACCGCCAUCGCAGAGGCAUGGGGACGCCUGGACCACAAGUUUGACCUGAUGUACGCGAAGAGGGCUUUUGUUCACUGGUACGUGGGUGAAGGGAUGGAGGAAGGAGAGUUCUCGGAGGCUCGGGAAGACAUGGCUGCCCUGGAGAAAGACUAUGAGGAGGUUGGUGCCGAUUCCACAGAGGACUGUGGGGAGGAGGAUGAAGAAUUUUGAAGAUGAUAAAUGUAUUUGUAAUUGAGUAAAUAAAUUUGAGAGCAUUAGAA